CUACCUUGCCUCUCUUUCUCUCAGCCGAGCAGAUUAGGAUCAGUGAGACGCUGUGUUACUAGCUUAGACUGUAGCUGAGGAAGUAAUAGUAGUCGUGAGCCCCGACCGAAUCCCCGGACUAGGACACCUCCGCCCAUCGGCCAACCCCACACAGCAACCCCAACCUUCAAGUUCUCACCACAAGAUGUAGCUCACGCUCCUCCCCACAUCCCCUGAGGAUGUCGUCCCACGUUCAACCACCAUGGCCACCUUUGUAGACGACAAGACGCCCAUCUGCGUCCCCUUCAUCCUCGACCACCUCAAGUCACACCCCGCCUCCGGCAAACCCUUUGUCAUUGGCCUCAAUGGCAUCCAGGGCGCUGGCAAGACCACCCUCGUCAGGGCGCUCGCCUCCGCUCUCGAGGCCCAGGGCGUGCCCACACUUGUCUGCAGCAUCGACGACUUCUACCUCAACCACGAGGACCUAGUCGCUCUCGGGCGGAACAACGCGGACAAUGCUCUGUGGCAGCAUCGCGGGGAACCAGGCACCCACGAUCUGCCACUCGCCAAGGCCUUCUUUGACAAGGUGAUGAAGGGGGAACCCACAAAGCUGCCCGUGUACGACAAGUCAGCGUACGCAGGCCAUGGCGAUCGCGCCCCCGAGGCGCAGUGGAAACCCGUCAACCAGCCCGGCCAGCCCCCCAUCAGGGCGGUGAUCCUGGAGGGAUGGUCCGUUGGUUUUCGCGCUUUGAGCGACGCCGAAGUCGAGGCCAAGUGGAAGGCCCCCAGCCGCACGCUGGGCAUGCACAAGCUGGAGCACUUGCUCCUCAUCAACGAGCAGUUAAGAAACUACGACGCGUUGACGGACCUCUUUGACGCCUUUAUCCACAUUGACGCCGAGGACCUGAACUUUGUGUACGCCUGGCGCACGCAGCAGGAGGAGCAUCUGCGCCGAGACAAGGGGGACCCUAACGCGGGCAUGUCGGUCGACGAGGUCGUCAGGUUCGUGGACGGCUAUUUUCCCGCCUACGAGCUGUACACGGACGGCGUGAGGGCUGGGGUCCUGCCAGGGCAGCCGGGGAAGCAGCUGCGGAUCGUAGUGGAUGCAGACCGCAAGGUCAAGGAGGUUCAUCGUCUGUGACUGAAUUGAUCUCAAGCAAGAUAUGGGCCCGUGCCAAAAGAACUCCACGCAGGACCUUGACCAAGCAAGUUAGCAAGCGAACCCCAGUGCACCAAGAUA